CCAGCAGUGACGUCAUCGGCGCGCCCGCCCCGAGUCGGCGCGGGUUCUGCGGGAGCGAGUCCGCCCCUUCGCGGUCAUGGUGCGCUGCGGUUGCGCGUGGCUGAGAAAGUAUGGAAAUUUCAUUGAUAACCUAAGAAUCUUCGCCAAGGGAGGAAGUGGUGGAAUGGGUUACCCUCGUUUAGGUGGAGAAGGUGGAAGAGGUGGUGACGUCUGGGUCGUAGCCCAUAAACAUAUGACUUUGAAACAACUUAAGAACAAAUAUCCUCAGAAACGCUUUGUGGCUGGAGGAGGAGCUAACAGUCGAGUUAGUGCACUGAAAGGCUCCAAAGGAAAAGACUGUGAAAUUCCUGUGCCUAUGGGUGUUUCAGUAACUGAUGAAAAUGGCAGAGUUAUAGGAGAACUCAAUAAAGAAGAAGAUAGAAUUUUGGUUGCUAAAGGUGGCCUUGGUGGUAAAUUACACACAAAUUUCUUACCUUUGAAAGGCCAGAAGCGAAUAAUUCACCUUGACCUAAAAGUUAUAGCUGAUGUUGGCCUAGUAGGAUUCCCAAAUGCUGGAAAAUCCUCUUUACUGACUCGGAUUUCCCAUGCAACACCUGUGAUUGCAGAUUAUGCAUUUACAACACUAAAGCCUGAACUUGGAAAGAUUAUAUACAAUGAUUUCAAACAGAUUUCAGUAGCCGACCUCCCAGGUCUGAUAGAAGGAGCACAUAUGAACAAAGGAAUGGGCCACAAAUUCCUCAAGCAUUUAGAGCGAACCAGACAGCUGCUCUUUGUUGUUGAUAUUUCGGGAUUUCAGCUCUCUUCUGUAACUCCGUACAGAACUGCCUUUGAAACCAUAAUACUUCUUACAAAAGAGUUGGAGUUAUACAAAGAGGAACUGCAGACAAAACCUGCACUCUUGGCAAUUAAUAAGAUGGACUUGCCCAAUGCCCAGGUUAAGCUUGACGAACUGAUGAAGCAGCUCCAGAACCCCGCAGAUUUUCUGCAUUUAUUUGAAAAAAGCAUGCUUCCAGAGAAGGCUGUGGAGUUCCAACAUAUUGUCCCCAUCUCCACGGUUACUGGGGAAGGGAUUGAGGAGCUGAAGAGCUGUGUAAGGAAGUCGCUGGAGCAGCAGGACAGCAAAGACAGCGAUGCACAUCAUCAGAAGCAGUUGCUUCGUUUGCAGGUUUCCAGUGGAGCAUCUUAGAGGGAGCACGCCAGAGUGUGCUGUCCUCUUACAGAGAGGGCAGCUUUUAAACCUAGUGUAAGGUGUCGGUUCUAACAAAGAAGGAAAUCAUGUUAUUUAAAACACAGAUGAGGGCUGGAGAGAUGGCUCAGUGGUUAAGAGCACUGGCUGCUCUUCCAGAAGUUGUGAGUUCAAUUCCCAGCAACCACAUGGUGGCUCACAAUCAUCUGUAAUGAGAUCUGGCGCCCUCUUCUGGCAUGUGGGCAUACAUGGAGGCAGAAUGUUGUAUACAUAAUAAAUAAAUAAAUCUUUAAAAAAAAAACAAAAAACCACAGAUGAGCCUGGAAUGCAUUAUGUUCCAGGAAACAAGACAAAUGUCACAUGAUCUCACUUACAUGUGGAAUCUUAAAAAGAAAAAAAACUAGACAGGUGGAAAUCCUGAAAAGUGAUGAUCAUUAAGGACAGGGAGAUAAAAGAUUAAGAGAUGUUGCUCAAAUGAUACAAAGCUUCAGUUAAGCUCUGCAGAUCUGUUGUGUAGCUGGUUUAUAGUUAGAACAAUGUAUCAUAUUUUGAAAAUUUGUAACAAAGUAGGUUUUAAGUGUUCUAACCAUAAAAAUCUGAGAAAAUAUAUUUUAAAGGAGCUUGAGUCUAUUUCAAAACACUGUGUAUGAUAAAGAUGCAUGUAUAGUUUUUAUGUAUUAAGGAAAAAUAUUUCAAAUUAAUAUAAAUUAAUUUUAAAGUGUUUUCACAUUUUAAAAAUAGUCUUUAUCAGUAGGUUUCCUGAUAUAUGUGCAUUAUCAGGAAGAGAAAUUUUCUUCUUCCCCCUCUUCUAGUGUUAGCUCAGCAAAGCAAUUUCAUUUUGCAAAAAGCGUCCACAAGACCAAAACUGGGCUAGCGCACAGCCUGAGAGCAACAGAGCUCCUGUAUUUUAUCUUGAUGUGGGUGGUGACUGGGUCUCUUCCCAUUGGUCUGACUAACGGCUGUCGAGUCAUAGGGGCUGUCAGGAAACAAUGGCUAAAUACUUAGAUUUUAAAGUUUCUCACAACCACCCUCUUUAUUACAGUGUUUUUCAAAUUAGGUAUCACAUGUUGGCCAUUGGAAGUUUCUAGAAAGAGUAAAUGAUUUAUAUAAUUGAUUGGUGAGCCUGCCUUCCAGGAAGAUGCAUUUUCUUAAUUCCUUUGAAAGGAUUUAAACAAUACUUACAAAUAGUGAUUUUUCCUUUAGGUGAAAUUUGUUAUAAAAUGUACACAUUCACUUUAUAAAAUUGUAAAACAACAACAAAGAACAAAUUUAAGCAUUAUAUAGGCGCAUGAGGCCGCAGACAUUUCUGUUUCCUGAGACUGCCAGUCUUUCUCAAAGGAAGCCCUGUAAGGAGCCUGUAUUUUUACACUUCUUUGUAGAACUCAAAUGAGUUGAUUGUAAUUUUUCUGUCCUUUAUUUUUACAAAGUCGCAGCAAAUUCAUGACCUUUAAAAUAUUCCUGGGCAAGUGUGGUAGUCUGUGGUGGUAUGGGCCUAUGACCACAGCACUUGGGAAGGAGAAGUGGGGGGUUUUGAGUUGAAGGCUUCCUGGGUGACUUAACAAGAUGUAGGCUAGUCUGAACUUCAUAGUGGGACCAUGUCUCAAAAAUGUAUAAUAUAAUAGUAUAUUUUAUUUUAUUAUUUUGUUUUGCCUGCAAUCAAGUCUGUGUACCAUGUGCCUGUAAAGAUCAAAAGAGGGCAUUGAAUACCCUGGGACUGGCAUUACCUACUGUUGUGAGCUGCCAUGUGGAUGCUGGAAGUCAGUCCCUGGUUCCCUUAACUGCUAAGCCAUCUCUCCAGCCCCUUUCUUUAAUAAUACAUUUUGUUAAAAAUCACUUGAUAAUUUAGUGCUUAAUAACAAUUGUGGUAAUUGAUCCCUUUUAUAAAAACAUUUUUUAAUUGUAUAUUGAUUAGACAAGUUUUCUCUGACUUGAUAAUGUGGGUACGUUUAUUAUUUCAAUUUGGCUCUAGUUUCUGUUCUCUAUACCUACCUCUCACUAGUUCCUGGACUAGUUUUCCUUGUAUCUCUUUUCCUUCAUUACACGGGUAUUUAUUGAGCACUGUGCAGGGUGUUGCACUUGCAGGGCUCCAGAAACAGACAGAUCCUGCCCAUGCUUGAUAGCUGAGCUGCAGGGAGUUGGCAUGGCCUACUUUAUAGCACAGGAAUGAGGCCGAGGAAAAGCCUUUGAGUUUGCACUGGCCAGCUUCCGUGUCGAGGCCUGGUUUGUUACACAUGAUCACAUCAGUGUCCCUGUUCCACCUGACAGCCUCAUGGGGUGAAUUCAGGAGUCCGUGCUCUAAUCUGAUUGUGUCCUUUGUGAGGGAUGUAGUUGUUGAAGAUGAGGAGGAAUAUGCUUGUCAGUGAUGCCUAGAACCACUAAUGCAGUUCAUGAUUUAUUGUGUAAUUAUUAAAAUGGAUGUUCCACUUAAUUGGGAUUUUAUGAUUAUUGAGGGUGUAUUCCAC